ACAGUGGGACAACCCCAGUCAGCAAGUCUGCUUCACGUGACCCCCGCGGCCGGUCACCAUGGUGACCACUUGAUGCCGGAUGUCAGCCCUCGCUGCACAUUUUUAUUAAGCCAAACGAGGCUCCGCGCGAGGGCGACCUCGUGCUGACCAAGACGCGACACUGAAGGACGGAAGACAAAGGCCAAACUCACACAGGUCCUGGUCCCGGUCCGAGUCCUCGGCCGCCUCGCUUGGACCGAUGAAAACGCGAAGGGAGAUUAGGAGCGCCGCCAGCAGCUGCAUGGCUGCGGGAUUAUAAUCCGGGAUUAAUCGGACACAAAGUGACGCGGAGGCUCGCGACUUCCUCGUCCCUGCUAUCGGUUUGGCAGGAAUCCUGUCAGGUAGACCGGAAGGGCUCGGUUUGGUCUCCGGAGAAAACUUUUCUUCAACGAACUCUGUUUAUGUCCGACAGUCAAGUCGAACAAGGAAGCGCACCAAGCCCGCCGGAAGCACAGCGCAUCGCCCACACGGCGGCUCCUUCAGAAUAAAAGAUCGCAGUCGAGCCACCGAAGUCCAGACGGCCAUCGAUCCUGAAGUGACCUGCCUUGACCUCACUCCUUCGUGGAUUAACAUUUUCCGUCCAUACGACGGUGACGGCAUCUAGGUGACGUCAUUGUUGACCUCCAGACUGAGCAGUGGGAGAGUGUGACACGUGACCUGACGUCGAUAGAAGAGUGGACCGGUGGGGACGACGAGCUCAGUUCUUCAGUGAUUCGCUGCUGUGGACGACAGGGUGAUGGAAUACGUUCGACCUUGGUAUGAAAAACGACACUUUGGUCUGUGUUUAUCUUCCAAUAAUGUAACGUCGGCUGAGCGCGGCGACAUCCUUCAUGCUCCAACAGAGGGCAGCAGAGCGCCGCGUGGCAGCAAGCAGCCGAAGAAAUCUGUCGGUGACGUCCUGUGGCCCACGUGCGUCGCGAGCUCCCCCGGCUACCAGCAUGGACUCGGAGCUGACGGCCGGCUUCACGGAGGCGUGCGGCCAGUGUGAGGCGGUGGACUGGGGCGUGUCCGAGGAGGGUCGCUUCUUCUGCCGCAGCUGCCACAACGUCAUCGAGAGAAGGAAGGAGGUGGAGGAGCGGAGCGUCAUCCCUAGAGUCACGCGCAUCACCCGCGUCAGAGCGAGCCGUUCCGAGCGGCGCGGGGCGGCUCGAGCGUGGAGCAUCUGCGAGGCCUUCCAGUUCAUCCUGAGGAACCAGGCAGCCGCUCUGCUGAGACUGGGCGUCUCGCCCACCUUCAAGGACCAGGUUCUGCUGCCGCUGUGGAGGCGCUACCUGCAGGUCAGCCGGCUGGCUUACACCAGCGCCCCCAUCAGGACUGCCGCCGCCACACCGCAGGACUCUGGGUCGGAGUUCAGCGUCCAAUCGUCCGCAGCUUCCUCGGCUGCCUCCUCGGGCGAGGACAGCGACAGGCGCGGGUCAGAGAGCGGAAACGGCGUGGCCUCUGGCGUGUCGACAAAGCAGCUGUGCGCCCUGGUCAGCAUGACCAAGACUCUGGCACUGAUCCACUUGGCGCUGGUCUGGUGCCGGGAGUCGCUGACGCUCAGCGACCUGCUCAGGCUGGUGAGCGAUGGUCACGUGCCAUACAUCAACGCCUACGAGGGCCUUCCUGAAGAGAUGCAGCCGGCGGGACCCGACAUGGUCUUCUUCAGGGUCAAGGACGUGCCAUCCUACCGCUGCCUUCACGCCGAGGCGCAGGCCGUGGCCCACCUCCUGGAGCUGCCCGCCUUCCCGCCCAUCAGCUGUCAGAGUCGGCUGCACCCGGCCACGCUGGCCCUGCGCUACAUGACGGAGGCCAACCUGCCAGACGAGCUGCACCCGUGGGCCCUCAUGCUGGUGGAGCGUGGCGCUCUGAUGGACGAGGAGGUCCACACAUACGGUCCCAGCACCUGCCGCUGCCUGCCGCCAUACGACAUCCAAGCAGCCGCCGUUGUGAUCAUCACCAUGAAGCUACUCUUCGGGCUGGAUGACCGUACCGAAUGGGAACUCUCCAGCAGUGCUGGGGACCAGGAUCCAGGACUCUUCAGCUUCAGGAGGUGGUACCGUGUCCUGCAGGCGGCGCUCUUCCGGGCUCGGCAGUCUCAUCGACUGGAAUUGGCCAGGAGACGCUGGAAGUCCCGGAAGCCUCUGUGCACGGACAGGAAGUCCUCCAUGAAGAAUACGCGGACAGCUGAGCACAUCCAGAACUGCUUCCAGAAGCUGUCGGACCGGACGCCUGAGGUGCAGCAGCGCCCCCCGUCCAGCUUCAGGUUCCUGUGGGGCGACCAGGACGGCGCUGACGGGCCCUCCAUGCACCAUCAGCGCCUGGGCCCUGUCGUCAAUGGAGACCCCGAGCUCCUAACGCCCACGCAGCAGUUCUACUGGUACUUUCACCUCAAGCCCACUGCUCCCCGGAUCUGUCGAAGGUGGGACACGGUUCUGGAGAAGAGCCUGCCCCACUCUCUGCGCUGGCUCCUGGAGUUCUUCUGCUUCCUGCUGCAAGUGCCGCUGGACCUUCUCUACCCAGUGGUGCUGAAGCUGGAGCGAUGGCUCCUCAAAAGCCUCGGACAGAAACGGACCAGGAAAUGGACCAGGACGCGGGCGCCGCCGUCCUCCACCAGCACGUCUUGACUGACUCCAGUGUUCACUCCUGCUUCUGUUUGGCUCGUCCUUUUUUUCCCACGUGUGACACAUACAUACACACACAAACCUGCAUGAGACUCUUUAGGACACAACAGCCAGACAAGGACUUGCAGCACUUGGGUCCUUUGAGGCAAAGCUGUCUGGACUCGCUGCUCUGUCACCAUGGCAACGUGGCCAACUGUGCCAUGUUGCCAUGGUGACAGCAGCUGGACGCGGGAACAGGAGCAGCUCAGUGGCGCUCAUCGCCGGAGCUCUGUUACCUCAGAUGACCCGCCCCCCAGCGGCGAGUGUGGGGCACUGCAGCAGCUCCCAGCACGAGAACAAAGGAGCGUGUGUUCCCGCAGGUGCGGAACUUAUUUCUUUUGUUGAAUUAAAAAGUGACGUUCGU